AUCUAGACUGACUCGGAUAAUAGCGGUGCGUUUUGGCCCCGCGGAACCCGCUACACCGCACAUGAUCAGAAAAAAAUGAGUAAAAGACAUGCAUGCAGCUGUAUGUCAUUUAAGAUCAGCACGCCAGCUUCUUAUAUGAAGCUGAAGAGUACGAGGAAUGCUGUAUUUUGAUAUUUCCAAGAGUCCGGGACUUCAAACUCUUGUCACAAUGGCGAAAGAACACCACACUGCAGAAAUCUUGACAGCGCCGCCGUCGCCUCCCCAAUUUGCUACCAUGAAGGAGACUAGCAAAUCUCCUCUGGCUAACCCCGCUCCAUUGGCCAUGGGCGGCUUUGCGACUACCCUACUGACCCUGUCCCUCGCCAUGAUGAACUUUCGCGGUGUCACUGUGCAGACUUUCUUUAUUGCCAACCUCUGCUUUGUGGCUUGUGUCGGUCUGCUCAUUAGUGCCCAAUGGGCCAUGGUACAGGGUGAUACCUUCACAUAUACUGUGUUGACUGCAUUCGGACUUUUCUACGGUGGCUACGGUACAGUCAUUAUGCCUUCUCUUCAUGUUGCGGAAUCCUAUGGUGGCUUCACACCGCAAUACUACAACGCAUUCGGCUUCUUUGUCCUGAUUUGGGCCGUUCUCAACCUCUUCUUCCUCCUUGCCUCGAUCCGAAUCUCCAUUGUAUACAUCAUGGUCUUUGCCUGCAUUGAGCUGUGCCUCAUCUUCGACGGAAGCUCUCAGUUUGCCAAGGCCGACGGCAACGACGAUAUGUACGCGCGACUACAAACUGCCGCUGGUGCCUUUGGCUUCUUGGCCGGCUUGCUGGGCUACUACAGCACAGCCCACUAUCUCUGUCAAGAUGCCCUAGGCUUUGAGCUGCCCAUGGGUGACACCUCGCACUGGUCGCUGACGAAGAAGAACAAGACUCAUCUCAACAAAGAUCUCGAGGUCUAGAUGUUGUAUAGCCAGUCUUUAUUCCCACAAAAUCACAUCACAGUCCAGUAUAUUCGACUACACAAAAAUGAUGACACGAACAUCUACAACGGGGGGGACUUCGAUCGACACGGGACGAAACGUGGGUUGUGACUACGGACAGAUCGCAUAACGCUACCCCUACCGAAAAGUUUUGCUUUUAAAGGAUGAUACCAAAAUAGCAAACUAUGUAGAUACAGCUUGCAUCCUAUAAUUUUACUUCACACUUUACUCUACCGAGUAGGUGUCUCUUUACCAU